AUGGGUGUUAAAGGACUAUGGUCCCUGCUCAACCCCGUCGCUCGCCCGGUCCAGAUAGAGAGUAUGGAAGGGAAGAGGCUUGCUAUCGACUCUUCCAUUUGGCUGUAUCAGUUCCAAGCCACGAUGAGAGACAAAGAUGGAAGAGUCCUUGUGAACGCACAUGUACUAGGGUUUCUACGGCGUAUAAACAAGUUAUUGUUUCAUGGAAUCAAACCCGUCUUUGUCUUCGAUGGCGGAGCUCCGGCCCUCAAACGCUCAACUAUUGCCGAGCGAAAGAGGAAGAAGUCUGGGGCUGCAGCAAAUCACGCCAAAGUAGCAGAAAAGCUGUUCGCCGCCCAAAUGCGGAGAGAAGCCGUGAAAGCCGCACAAGUUGCACAUCAAGAAAAACAAGACCGCGAAGCCGCCGAAGCAGCGGCUGAAUAUGCCCGGCGCUAUCCAAAUGAGGCUGGGGAGCAGAUCGCCGAGGAUGCGAUUUAUCUCGAUGAGCUCGAAGGACGAGCUGGUCCGUCUCGCCCUCGUUCGCCCAAGGAAAGUGAAUCGAGAGCCCCCACAGAUGUUGUGCCUACAGAUCCCGAGAAGAGGAGGAAGUACUUCAAGAAACACGACCCUUAUCGGCUACCUGAGACCAAUAUGCCGAAAGUGUCCACGGCAGACAAGCCUGACGCGCGUCUUGCGACAGAGGAAGAAUUGAACCAGUUCAUCGAUGAUGUGAACCCAGAGGAUAUCGAUGUCGAGUCGGAUGAAUUUCGAGCUCUGCCAACAGAAGUUCAGUACGAGAUCAUUGGUGACCUUCGUGUCCGCUCUCGCCAACAGUCGCAUCGUCGACUGGCAAACAUGCUUCGCGCCGCCCCGACUGCACUGGACUUUUCUAUGGCUCAAAUUAAACAGCUUUCGCAGCGAAACGCCCUCACUCAACAACUCCUUACGGUCACGGAUAUGGUUGGUACUGCGCACUUGACCAUCCCUGUGAGAAUAGCGGCAGAGAGAAAUCGAGAGUAUGUUCUCGUGAAGAAGGAUGAGACCGAGGGGGGAGGCUGGGCGCUCGGUAUCAGAGAGGGGACGAAGGAGAAGCCGAUCGAGGUGGAACCGGCACCAUCACCAAAGGCAGAAAGUGCGGAAGAAGAAUCAGACAUAGAAUCUCUCUCGCCAGUGGCACAAGUACCGAUGGACUCGGACCUUCGUCAACAUCGACGGCAACAAGUGCUCGAAGCCCUCACUGCCCGUUAUGCUCCUCAGAAACCCGCCCGAGCCUCUCUUGAUGUAGCCGUUAAACCUUUCGGUGCGGCGAGGACAGCAUUUUCCAAACCAUUGUUUGACGUAGACGAAGAUGUUGAUGAAAUCGUCCCCACUGCGAAUGACGAAGCUCUCGCGUUGGCGCUCCAGCAGGAGGAGCUAGGGGAUGAUGAGACUGAAGUUGACUCGGACCUUGCUCGGGCACUGGCAAUGAGUCGCGCCCAGGCGGAGAGAGAAUCCAAAAGUGAAAGUGAGGAUGCGGCGCUCACCUUCAACCAGAGUGAGGACGAAGAAGUUGAUAUGGAAGAAGUCGAGCUCGUGCCUAGUAGAACAGCAACUCCAAUCGCUGGUUCUGCGGCGGAGCCCAUUGCUUUCGAAGAGCAAGACACGGAGGAGGAGGAUGAGUUUGAAGAAAUUGACACGGCUUCGGCUACCCACAGUCGUUCACUGAGUGCAGUGCCUCUACAAGGCGAGAUGUCCGAUUCGAGGCCAAACAGGGACGAGCCGAUUGUGAUUGACGACGACGAAGACACUGAGGAGCCCCUGUUCCCGGAAGUCAUACCUAGCCCCAGCCCCCCAAAGGAGCAAGAACUCAUCACUUCUUCCUGUCAAAUUACAGACCAGACACCCAGGAUUAUCUCCACUGAGCCACCACGGCCUAAACAUCUGCAGAGGCUGAGCUCUGCGUCAAUCAACCCGUCGCCUCUGCGAACCGUCACACGGCCGGAAUCCUCUCCGGCUCCUUUGCCCGAGGCGCCAGAGGAAGAAGAUGCCUCGCCAACCGCAGAGGUGAGAGGCGCUCCAUCACCUGAACUUCCUCCUCCUGCAAUUAUUCCGCCAGAUUCCGAUGACGACGUGCACUAUGCACCUGAGCCAUUGAGAUUGCCAAGUGCAGCCCCAGUGACAAGUCAACGCUACGAUCCAGUAGAGGAUGAAAGCGAACACGCAGAAAAUUUCGAUGACUCUCGUUCGAAUCUCUCAUGGUCUCGCUCACCCACGCCGCCCCCAAAGGCGUAUGGGCUACGAGCUGUCGAUUCCACCACUGCCCUCGUCUCUACUGAAACAGUAGCACCAAGAGACGACGAUGCAGAUGACGGGGACCUUGCACCUGCAGACGUCGCCGCAGAGUCUGACGAUUACGCUAGAUUCAUAGCGUCUAUCAAAGGGCGUAACCUAGAGGAGGUUCGAGGAGAGCUCGAUGACGAAAUCAGGGUGUUGAACAGUGAGAACAAGGUGGCCAUGAGAGAUUCUGAUGAAAUCACCGCGAGCAUGGUUGCUCAAAUUCAGACCAUGUUGAGACACUUCGGUAUCCCCUAUAUCACCGCUCCAAUGGAAGCCGAAGCCCAAUGUGCCAAACUUGCCCAGCUCGGCCUCGUGGACGGAAUCAUCACAGACGAUUCGGAUAUCUUCCUCUUUGGUGGAAUACAAUGUUACAAGAACAUUUUCAACGAUGCCAAAUACGCCGAAUGUUUCCUGGUGGCCGAUCUCGAAAGAGAGAUGAUGCUCACGCGGGAAAGAUUGAUUACGCUCGCAUACUUUUUGGGAAGCGAUUACACUUUGGGGCUGGCGGGUGUCGGGCCAGUGAUGGCACUAGAGCUGUUGGCCAACUUCCCGGGGCCGCGGGGAAUCUACGCCUUCAAAGACUGGUGGAUGAAAGUGCAAAGAGGUCAAGACACCGAGGAGGAAACGCAUUCCAAAUGGCAAAAGAGCUUCAAGAAGCGUUUUAGCAAAGUUCUAUAUCUGACGGCAGACUGGCCUGAUCCCCUUGUGAGGGAGGCAUACUUGUACCCGACUGUGGACGAGUCGGAUGAACCUUUCCAUUGGGGAUUCCCUCGGCUGCCGUCACUGAGAAUUUUCCUACACGAAGAACUAUCUUGGUCGAUAUCCAAAGUCGACGACGAGCUCACCCCUAUCGUUCAACGGAUCGCUCUACGUGGCAAAGAAGGCGGUCUCAAGAAACAGGCUACUCUGGACCCGUUCUUUGACCUCUCGGCCGGUACCGGCCAUUAUGCCCCGAAGCGAAGAGGUACAAACGUGAGCAAGCGGCUCAUGGGCGUGAUCAAGCAGUUCAAAGAGGCCGAGGCGGGCGCAAGUGAAGGAGUCUUGCAAGAUGUUGUAGAUGAUAUCAUUGCAGAAGAGCAACAGGCUCACGAAGAAGAGGAAAGGGGGAAGGGGAAGGGGAAGAGAAAGGCGGGAGACAACGAGGACGAGGAAGGCGUGGUCAGAGGAAGAAAGAAGGCUGCCAGGGGAAGGAAGCGAGCUGCGACAGUGUCGAGCACUGGCGAGUCUGUGUCCAGUGAAGGCGGCAGUACGAGUGGCCGCAGUAGCAGUCGUGGAACAAGUAGAGGACGCGGCAGAGGUCGAGGUCGAGGUAAGAAGACAAACAAGUAG